AAAGAGUAGAAUUACCAGGAUCACAGUUUUCAGUCACCUGUGAAAAGCACCGAGAUAUCCAUCGUCAGGAACAGAAAUUUUCGUUCACGCUCUGACAUCCCGCGAAAAGCACCGAGAUAUCCAACACGCAAAGGAGGAAAAGAAGAAAAACUCGGAAAUCAAACCCGUGAUCCGAUCGAGCUCGGACACUCGCCACCGUUUCCCACUCCCAUGGGGCUCCUCAGCUCCCUGCCGCCCCACCGCCGGGGCGCCUUAUCGGGCGGCGGGUGGCAGUGGUCCUUCCUCGACGUCGUCUGGGGGGUCUUCCUCAUCGCCGUGGUCGUCUUCCUCGCGCUCGUCUUCACGCCGCGCCGCGGGGACCCCGUCCUAACCGCCGCCUCCGUCGCCCGCGCCGGCGGUAGCGGCGGCGCGGUGCCGCCGUGCGCCGCCUCGGAGGUGGACCUCCUCCCCUGCGAGGACCCGCGCCGCAGCUCCCGCCUCAGCCGCGAGAUGAACUACUACCGCGAGCGCCACUGCCCGGCUCGUGGCGAGGCGCUCGCGUGCCUUGUGCCGCCGCCCCGUGGCUACCGCGUUCCCGUACCCUGGCCCGAGAGCCUCCACAAGAUCUGGCAUGACAACAUGCCUUAUGGUAAGAUUGCUGAAAGAAAAGGUCAUCAAGGGUGGAUGAAGCAUGAAGGUUCGUACUUCAUUUUUCCUGGUGGUGGGACUAUGUUCCCUGACGGAGCUGAACAAUAUAUUGAAAAGCUUAGCCAGUAUGUUCCACUGAAAACUGGUGUCGUCAGGACAGGUCUUGAUAUGGGAUGCGGGGUUGCUAGCUUCGGUGGAUUUUUGCUUAAAGAGAAUAUCAUGACACUUUCAUUUGCACCAAGAGAUUCGCAUAAGUCUCAAAUACAAUUUGCCUUGGAGAGAGGAAUUCCAGCAUUUCUUUUGAUGUUGGGCACACGCCGUCUUCCUUUUCCAGCACAGUCCUUUGAUUUUGUCCAUUGUUCCCGGUGUUUGAUACCUUUUACUGCCUAUAAUGGAUCUUACUUGAUUGAAGCUGACCGUCUACUUAGGCCUGGGGGCUAUCUAAUCAUAUCGGGCCCCCCUGUGAGAUGGAAGAAUCAGGAGAAGGAAUGGGAUGAACUUCAAGCAAUGGCAGGAGCUUUGUGUUACAAAUUGAUCACUGUAGAUGGUAAUACUGCCAUUUGGAAGAAACCUGCUGAAGCUUCAUGUCUUCCUAACCAAAAUGGAUUUGGCCUUGAUCUGUGUAGCACCAAUGACGAUCCAGAUGAAGCAUGGUACUUCAAGUUGAAUAAAUGUGUCGGUAAAGUUUCCAUGUCGGAAGAGAUAGCUAUAGGUUCUGUUCCCAGGUGGCCAGAUAGGCUGUCUAAACCUUCUGCUAGGGCAUCAGUUAUCAACAAUGGAGCAAGCUUGUUUGAAGUAGAUAGUCAGAAGUGGGUUAGGAGAGUGGCAUAUUAUAAAAAAUCACUUGGCGUGAAGCUUGGGAGCACACACAUACGCAAUGUCAUGGACAUGAAUGCAUUCUUUGGAGGAUUCGCAGCCGCUAUAGUGUCUGAUCCUGUAUGGGUUAUGAAUGUUGUUCCUGCUCAGAAGCCAUUGACACUUGGAGUUAUUUAUGAUAGGGGCCUUAUUGGGGUUUAUCAUGACUGGUGUGAACCAUUCUCAACAUAUCCUCGUACUUACGAUCUCAUUCAUGCUGAUGCAAUUGACUCCUUGAUAAGUGACCCGAUUUCAGGCACUAGCAGAUGUGACCUGUUUGAUGUCAUGUUGGAGAUGGACCGCAUACUGCGCCCAGAAGGAACUGCCGUAAUACGGGCCUCCCCAGAUGUGGUAGACAAGGCAGCACAGAUUGCUCGGUCGAUUCGGUGGAAGGCCCAGGUGCAUGACAGUGAACCAGAAUCAGGUAGUACCGAGAAAAUACUUGUGGCUACGAAAACAUUUUGGAAGCUACCACUAACAUCACAAUAGGCUAACGCUAUAUAGUUUGAACUUUGAACCCCUUUUCACUUACGCUCCCUUAAUUUUGUGUUUUUUUGGGGGGUGGGCUGAUGGGAUAUAUCAGGCUAAUGGGAUUGCUGAAAUAGUUUAGUCAAGUUGGUGAUUCUUUUCUUCAUUUCUUUAUAGCGAAAAGUUAGGUGUGAUGUAAUUCUCGUUGUGGCUCCUUGAUUCUGAUUGAUGUUGUUAUACCCUAUGAAUUCAAGUGAUCUGGUUUAUUCCGUGUGUGGUUACAA